AAACAAGUCGUCAUUUGAAUUAAUUUUAAAACUCCUUUAGUUAUAAUUUUAUAAUUUAAUUCUACGAAGGCUUAUUGUAUUUUCUCUCUUCCUAAUCGUUUUUAUAUUAUUAUAGUAUUGUAAUAUUAUAAUGUAUUUGUACAAUAUACAUAGUUUUCUAAAUUUGGGUAGAAGUCAACAAUUGUGGGAUUGGGUUCUAUCUAGUUGAACUUAUAUUACUCUAUUAACUAGGUUUUUUAAUUGUAAAAAGUUGAAUAGUUUAAUUUUUGCGAUCAAAAGAUACACAAUACUCGGAAGACGAGAUCUAUUAAAAAAAAAAAAAAAUCAUUGUGUCGAUAGAUGUAUUAAAAGUGUAUAACAAUGAAGCAUUGCAUAGUAUUCAAUUGACAGAAAUUAAAACAAUUUUGGUAUUGCAAUUUAUAGGAAUUAAUCUAUUUUUAUUGUAUUUCGUAGAUAGUGAACUUAGAUAGUAUACUUUUAUUAUUAUUCUAAUUGUGUCAUUUAAAAUUUUUGUAGUAGCUUUUUUUAUUCACCUGUUUUUAUUUUUAAAUUGUUUAAUAAUAAAAAUUGUACAAUGUAUAUUUUACCUUGAUAGAUUAUAAUUGUAGUAAAUAUUUGAUAUUUCAAUCUUAAAAAUUAUUAUUAUAAGAUAAACAUGAAAGCAACAAGUACUUUUUUCAUUGGAUUGAUGUUAGUAUUUUUCGCAGAAACAAUGGAUAAAAUUAUCCCACAAAAUCAGUUUCAAAUAUUAUCACGACGGCAAUUUGAACUUCGAUUUAAAACAUUUGAUUUUAAUGUACAUAAUAUUUAUGGAAAAACAAUUGAAGCUACAAUUAAACAGUAUAUUUCAAAACAUAGAAUUGAUGUUAAUUUUAUUUUGAACAGAAGUGUAGUUGUUAAUCGAGUGAAUUUAGACUUCGCAAAAUGUAAAGAACAGUUUAUUGACUGCGUAAAUAUCAGGAAUUUUGAUGUUUUUAAUAUUUGUGGCAAUGAAAUGGCAAUUUUUAUAUUUUUAUCGAUUGGAUAUAAAAACCAAGAUAUAACAUGUGAUCUCAAAGGUCAAUAUAUAGUAAGAAAUGCGACAUUUAAUAUCGAUUCUAUUAUAAGCGUUUUUCAUGCUUCGAACACAAAAUGGUGGGAAAAUACAUACAAGUGGAGAGCUGUGUUUUAUAACGCGAAAGAAGAUAUCAUUUUUAAUACAUCAGGACAUAAUGAAAUUAUGUCGUUUCGGAGACGUAAUCGUACGCUACAAAUUUUGUAAUUUUUUAUUUUUAAUUCUAAUGUUUUUUUACUAUUAUUUUUAAUUAUUCAAAUUUAUGCAAUAAUAUAUUAGUUACAUAUUUAUUAAUAAAAUAUGCAUUUAGUUAAACAAUUUGUUUAAUAUAUAAAAAAAAAAAAAUGGGAUAUCAGUUUCUAGAGCUCAUGAUGAAAAUAGUUUAUUUUCGCUAGAAUAUAUAUAUAUAUUUAUAUUGUAUUAAUAAACAGUUUUUAGUCAUAAUGUAAGAGAUUUUGUUUUAUAUUUAACAACCUCGAAUACUAUUAAAAUACUCUAGAUUAAAUAGGGAACUAUCGUUGACCACUGAAUUAAUUACUUUGUUUUACAUUAACAUGUAAAUUUGGCAAUUUAUUAUAAUUGUUUGUCGAUUUCUUUAACUUUACGAAGAAUCCCAUUUGAAUUUAUUAUCUUUUAUGAAAUUAUAUAUACUAAAUAUUAAUUUAUAGUUUUUUAACUUCGGCGAAGGACUGAAAAAGCGUAAAAAUUUUUUAUUUUACUUAUUAAUAUAUCUUUUAUUUAAAAUAUUAAUAGUAAAAAUACGAUGUGUUGCAUUUGUAUUAUCACUCAUUUCGUUUCGUAGAUU